AUGUCCACCUCUAGAACCUCAAAUGCUUCCCUCAAAGGAUAUGAGUCCAACCAAAACCAAAUGAACCAAUCACUUCUUCAACGCAAUAUAUCUCCUUCUAGUGAUAGAAGAAGCCGUGGAAAGCAAUCAGAACCUGGAAGGUUUCUUGGAGUUAGAAGACGCCCUUGGGGUAGAUAUGCUGCUGAAAUCAGAAACCCCACAACCAAAGAAAGACAUUGGCUUGGAACAUUUGACACUGCUCAUGAAGCAGCUCUUGCUUAUGACAGAGCUGCUCUGUCCAUGAAAGGAUCACAAGCAAAAACCAACUUCAUAUAUUCUCAAGACAUCAAUUUUCACAAUGUUCUCUCACCCAUGCAUGCUCAACCUCUCUUACCAUCUUCACACUUUUUCACUAACACACACACCACACAACCAACCCAUCAAAAUAGCUUGUCUCAACUGGAUACUAUUACUUCCCACGUUGAAAAUAACAUGGGUAGUGAAACUAGUGCAUAUGGAUCACCUCAAGAUGAUAAUUUUUUCUUCUCUAGUGACUCUAACUCAGGCUAUUUGGAAUGCAUUGUUCCUGGUAAUUGUUUCAGGAAGAAGGGCAAUGCUAGUGCUUCAAGUGACCAAAAGGGUAGCCACGUUAACACAAACUCCAUGCAAGUUCAGUCACAUUUUGACAACACUGCAUUCACUCAAGAAGGCUUGAACAUGCAAACAACAGUGGCAUCUAACUUUGCAGAUUUUUCUUACUCAGGAUUGUGUGAUAAUCAGCAAUCAUGGGAUUACAAUUCCAAUGAACUUGCAGCUAUGUUUAACAUUCCAUCAUCAAGGGUUGAUGAUGGGUGCAUGGAUACAUUGUGUUCCAUCACAGAUAGUCCAAGCUAUGGACUAAUGACUCAGGUUGUUUCUUCAACAACCUGUUCUCCAUCACUUCCUCCUUCUGGGGAUGUUGACUUGGGAUACUCAUUCUUCUGA